AAGAUGAUGGAUCAGAUCUGAUUUGAGAGUGAAAGUUAGAAAGAGAAAGAGAUUCAAUUUUGUGUUUAUACGAAUAAACACAGUAUAAACACCUCAAAAAACAUAGCAAUUUCAUAAAAAUCUGACGUGGACAACCUAUCUAGUUGCCAGCAGCUAUUUUGUUGCAUCAGCACAACUCCUCCUGGAGGAGAUAGAUAAAUAAAUAUAAAAGGAAAAAAAAAUUAAUAAAUGCAAAAUUGAUGGUGUUUUUGAUGAUUUCAGUUUCAGCAGCAGCAGCAGCAAAGUGCAAAGAGUGAAGAAAGGAAAAAAAAAGAAAAAUGAAAAAGAAAGAGAAAUCAGUAUUAAUUGCAGACCCUAAAUCAUCUUCUUCUUCUUCUUCAAACAAACCACAAUCAUUCCUUCCACCAGAUUAUUAUGAAAAUCUACACCAAUCACCACUUCAUCAAUUCAAUCCUAAUCCUAAUUCUAAUAAUAGUGACUCUCCUUUACACUCCUCCGGCACUCGUAACGCUUCCUCCAAAUACGAUUUCGUUAAGGUUAAAGUAUGGUUAGGUGACAAUGCUGAUCAUUAUUAUGUUCUCUCUAGGUUUUUACUUAGCCGAAUGCUCACCGUCACCAAGAUUCCUAAUCAUGAGGCAUUAAAAAUUGCACUCGAACUUAAGAAGCUGCUGAUAGAUAAUAGCCUUCUCGAUGUCUCCCAAUCUGACCUGGAAGCUAAUUUGUUUAAGCUUAUGGAGCGGCGGGGCUAUGGGCAAGAGUACAUAAAUCGUUACAAGAUGAUGACAAGAUUUCACCAUCAAAGAGUACCGUUGGUUAUUCUUGUUUGUGGCACUGCCUGUGUUGGAAAGUCUACAAUUGCUACCCAACUUGCGCAAAGGUUAAACCUGCCAAAUGUUUUGCAGACAGAUAUGGUCUACGAAUUGCUAAGAACAUCAACAGAUGCACCUUUGACAUCUUCGCCUAUUUGGGCACGCGAUUUCAGCUCCUCUGAGGAGCUAAUUACUGAAUUUUGUAGAGAAUGCAGAAUCGUUCGAAAAGGUUUGGCUGGUGAUUUAAAGAAAGCAAUGAAAGAUGGGAAGCCAAUCAUCAUUGAGGGGAUGCAUGUUGAUCCUAGUAUAUACCUAAUGGAUGAAGAAAAUAAAUCACCACAUAAUGCGCCGGUGAAUGCAGAAGAUUCAAAGACUUUAAAAACGGAUAAAAAUGGCGUGGAAAAUGGUGCUUCCGCCUCUUGUAUUAGUGAGAAUAGCCAUCAGAGUACUGAAAAUUCCAAGGCAGAAGCAAUUAUUUCAGACGAUAAAGAUAGGAUUUCAAACGGCCUCAACUCUGUUCAUAUUGAUGAUCAUGUUGCUGGUAGUCAAGAUGAUAAGGUCAAAGAUCAAGUAGAUAGGAAGCCUGAACUUAAAAGAGAGAAGUCUGGAGUCACUGAACCAGUAAUCAUUCCUAUAGUCCUAAAGAUGGCGGAAUUUGAUCAUAAGGCACUACUAGAGGAAUGGAUAUCUAGCCGAAAGUUCAGUGAUAAGUAUCUAAUCCAGGAAAAAGAUAAACUGAUAAGCAACUUAAAAACCAUUCAAGACUAUCUUUGCUCAUUUAAGUCACAGGGAUUAACAGUUGCUAAUAUAUCCGCUACUACAUUCCCACAAACUCUUGAUUGGCUGCACAACCACCUUCUUCAGUGUAUUGAGAAAGGUAUAUCAUCUGCCUCCAAAGGAAGCGAUGGGCAAACUGAUGGAAUUUAAAAGUACGGGACAAUAUUCCCCAAAGGGCUGUAUUUUCUUCUCUUACAAACCAUUUUCUAAUAUCAGAUGCAUGGUGGCUCCUGAUGGGUUGGCAGCUGUGAUUUAACAAUUUAGAAACCUAUUGCCGUUAACUGUUGCUGUACAUUGACGGCUAGCACAAACAGUUGAGCGUACUCAAGUAUCAUCUACCAGUAAAGGGUUGCAUUCAGCCAAGUUCUCCCAUAAAAAUGUGUAUCAUGUAUGUAUAUCAAUUAACAUAUUGGUAAAACAAAGAUGAACUAUGUCUCAUGUAUCAUACUUUUUUAGCUUUGGUAGAUGCGUUCCAUGUAACUUGACUUCUAGAACACGAAUUUGAUAGUAAAAGGAUGUGGCUAGGAAGAACAAUUCACACUUGCUUUUAUUCUAUGGAAAGUUGUUUCGGCCUUUUUA